AUGUCAGAAACCACGAUAAUGCAUGUCAACGAUUUCCGAACGAGGAGAAGGAUACCAUUGAAACACUCCUUGCUCUUCAACAAAACCAAACAUAGCGAAGACUGGCAUCAAGCGAUAGAUGCUAUAGCCGGUGUGCUACACCCGUCAGAUCCGAAAUUCCCGCACGCUCCCUUACGGCAAGCUACCGACGUGUAUCUUAAGAAGAAGGGCAAGAUCACCCUAGCGGAUGCAGACAUACGCCUAGCAAUACUUAUUGGUGCUCACGAAGCGAGAGACAUCGCUAUUGCUGCUGCAGCGCAUGCUAUGACAGCGACGAGUCUAAGAGCGACGCUACAUGUAGACCUAAAUGUUGCGCAUGGAAGCUACUGGGGCUUGGAGACGUGGCUGCAGUGUCUCAUAGCAGCAAAUCAUGGCAAUCCGGCCUCAGUCACAGAUAUGGAGGCAAAGUGGGCGCAAUACCUACUUCCCUUCGCAACACACGGUUCCGGAGCCGCAGGGAAGAUCUUGAUUGGUGUGAGCCGAGCAUUGAGGGAGUGUGCGACAUCAAACAUGAACACAGUACCGGAGUUUCUGACUUUGACAUGCCGUGCUUUGGCCGACUACGCAGCACAGUUGGAAGGUUUACGACUGAAGAACGACUGGUUAGUCGCCCACGGGGCCUCAUACUGGAUGGCAGAGCUUGGACGCACAUCGCCAGCAACAACGCUAUCGGGACUUCUACUACCAGAACACAUACUCGAUGCCCAAUUUCCAAUAUGGCGGGUAUGGGCGCGCUGGAGGCCAGACUUGGGGCGUAUCACGCUCUUGAGCAGUAUGGACAGUAACAACGCAGCCUUGCUACCGGAGCUGCUUGCUCUCGAAGGCCCAGACUUCAUUAACGGCACCGAAUGUACCUUGAGAAACGGUCUUGUCGAAAGAUACGGAUCAGGAAGGGACCGGGUCAAGUUGGGAAGGCUAUUGAUUGAGGUACCUGGUGGGACUAAAGAUGGCCUGAGGAGUCUACUUGAGGGCGCCAGUUCGACGCUCGAAACAACGUGGGUAGCAGUGUCAGCAGAUCGACCAAAGAUCCUGUGGCUCUUUACAGAGCUUACCAUCAACCGACCCAUGACUCAGGAAGCCUUGAAUCUUAUGCAAGCAGUUUUAUAUAUGCAAGAGAGCAUCGACUCGGACCUCUUGAUCGCCAUACUGCGUACAUAUACUGAUCACGGCUAUCUUGGAGGAAGCCAAAUUCGAGAACUGCAACGUCUUGUUCAAUUGUUUGACCAGGAUCGCGCAUCCGGUCUUCGGGAAAUACUUUUAACGCCUACAACAUUGCAGGGCAUUACGAAGUGCAUAAAAGACUGUCAAUUUGCAGUACGCACACUUAUCGAGCAAUGCCGGCCGUGGACGGAAUUUGCUAUUGAGCUCUACACAUUCUGCAAUGCAGUCAAGUCCUCGAAGAGCAUCCCCGUUAUGAGGGAAAAGAUCAUCAGUCAGAUGUGCUUGCUACUUCCUUCAGCAGAGCAUAUGACCAUGGCUGUUGAGAUAUACACUGCUGCGCAAAAGCUCCGGUCACAAACCUCAAGUUUGGAAACAAGCAACGAACGAAAUGCUACGGAACGGACCGGCCAGCGCAUUCCAGCGCCUUCUUUUCUUACUGGCCAGCUUGAGGGAUUGAAACAUCCCUUGGAGAUAGUUGCGGAAGAAUAUUGCUUGCAUCACCUUUUGGCACAAGAGGCGGCCAGCUACACCUCUCAACGUAUGUUCGACUCCAUCUUGAGGGUAUGGGAAAGCCCAUACAAACCAGAGCUUUCUCAAGACCGAAAAAUACUAGCGGUCCUGGUAACGAAACACACAAGCGAUGAUGCCAACCUUGGCAUCAGGUGUCUCAACGGAAUAGCUUCAGCAAAUGAACAACUAGGUCCAGGUCUCUCGAUCGGUGAUGUCAAAAAUACCCUCUCAGGCUUGGAGAGAAACCCCGAGCGAGCCAUUGUCGAGUUCACCAGACUACUCGUACAGUGUCCACCGACUGAAGAUUUCAAGGCGCAAAUCCUGUGCUGGCGAGACUUUGCGUACCAUUUACUAGCGCAAGAGACUCAUUUUAGAGUCUUCAAGGAACGAAAUUUGGUCGGCUAUACAUUGAGAACGAUGAAAGCGUUAGAGUGGUUAUCUUUCCUGGCCGACGUGGAAACCGUGUUUGCUACUGGACCGAGUCUGCCUUCGGAGCAAUGCACGAUACCGCCCAUCCUACGCUCUGAAUUACAAGGAUGGAAAUGGCAGCUCGUGCCUUAUUCGAAGACUCUCAAGCGACUAGAGGAGGCUUUGGACGACAAAAGCGAGGCAAUGAACUGUAUCUUGAGCGGCAGCGGUGCAAAAAGUAAAAAUCUCCGGGCAAUACUCCAGUGCUUGAGAUCCGCCGAGGGGAAGCCCGUGGAGCCAUUUCUGCAUAAGAUUGUUGGUCUUCUUUCGACAAGAGCUAAGAACGACUGGGAGAUUUCAGAUUGUCUCUCGAUACUGUUACAAGCUUCUAAAGAAACAGUGGAGGUCUGUAAAAAGAUAUGGGACGCCAAACAUGGCUAUAUGGAUAUUCCUGGUCUUCCAACUCGCGAGAUACAGCCUACGCCUCAGACAGUUAAUCAACGCAGAUCAGUCGCAAUCUCAACCUUGAAUUCGACGGCUCCAGAUACUUCAUGUUCGACGGUAGUAUCGACGCCAACCGAUCCGGCCGCUCUGAAGUAUCACGUCCCACUUUCGGUGGUCGAAGUCAUGGUGGCAGGAUGGCUAUUGGAUGAGUCGGUUGAUGAGAGUACCAAGAAUGCAGUGCAUUCGAUCUCUUGCUUGCUCAAGGUCGUGCAAACAGGAUUCGAGAUUUGUAAAGACCAAAUCAUCGAAGCGGCGAGUUUCUGGGAGAAGGUCGAAGAUGAGCUGUUGCAAGAAGCCCAAAGACUGCAAGGUCUACAAAAGGCACUUAAAAUGAAAGAUCCCAAGGGAACGACUCUCCUUCUUCAGCAGCUCGGCGUGCCGGAUACGACUGAGCUCGAUGAAGAAAUGGCAAAACUUCCCGCUGGAGUAAUCGAUGUGGUGGAAAGGGUUGACGACAACGAAGUUGAGAUCAGCUUCUCCUUGGCCCACUUCACCCUGCUACAACGCACAGCGAUCGGCAUCCCGGAACUUGCCAAUACGCUUCUACUCCGACUAUACCGUGACGAUAGCAAGAAUUUACCACCGUCGUUUUGUUUGCAUUACAGCACCGAUACAAACCUCGAAACCAUGGUCCAUUCAUUGUACAGCUGCUCAAAAACAUCUGAAAAUCCUACGCAACAAAUAUGCACGUCUGCACAUACGACCCUCACAUGGCAAUUGAACCGUAUUAUUUAUUCCCAAUUACGCAGAGGGGAAACAAGUAUAGCGGCUGUACAUCAGGAAGUGGUGGUUUGGCUACGCGAUUAUGCUCAAGUUUGUGUAUCGUGCAGUACCACGCACAACGCCCAGAUGACCCAACUUCGUCGCUCGACCCCCUGCGACCUCUUCUCCUGUGCUCGACUCUGGUACAAUCUUCCUCUUCAAGUCAGAAUACCUGAGAUACGAACCGACACCUUCGCUGUCGACAUAGCUCUUUCCUCUGUCUACGCUGCUGCUAUGACGGGAAAACCAGAGCUGCUGCCUGACUGCCCAAUCCGUGGCAACGAGGCCGUAAAGUCAAUCCUCAACGCCCUCCCUCGUAUGGCAGUCAUGCGCGACGCCGUCAAUCUCUCCUCCGUACUCGCCUCAUACCACGCAUCGGCCGAGAAAUUAAUAUCCUGGGCCGUACUCCACCACCGCGGCUUCCUAGCCACCGCAACAGGACUUGUCAAAAUCCCAAACCUUCCGCCAGGAACCCACCAAUUCGUGCUCGCCAAUGCGAGCCCCAUGCUCGAAAAAGCAUUCGUGUCGAAAAUUCAUUCGACCAAUCGAGACACCACUGUUCUCUUCCACGGCACACCCCUCGACCGCCUCCCCGCUAUCCUCGCCCAAGGCCUCCGCAUCUGCUCGGGCACAUCACUCCAGCGCACUGGCGCCGCACAUGGAAGAGGAGUGUACCUCUGCGACGACCCGGCUACGAGUUUCUUCUACAGUCCUGCUAGUCUGAGCUGGAAGAACAGUGGUUUGAGUAACAUGAGGCUGUUGUUGGGAUGUGAGGUUGUUGGGGGUGGGAACAAGGUUAAUGGAAAUAUUCACGUGGUGGAAGAUGUGGAGAGUGUGAUGGUCAGGUAUAUAUUGCUGUUCACACGCGAGGCGAGGGUACCCAUCAGAGGCCACAUUGAGCCGGCUAUGGCGAGUGGAAUGAAGGCGUUGAGAAGCGGUGCGGUAUAG